UUGGAAAUUUCCAUUCGAUGAUCGUGUCAGCAUGGAGUAGGUCCAUGGUGUCAGCUUGCCAGGUGAGAAGAAUCCAAUAUAUGACAAAAUGGCUCUCGAUCUAUACUCUUCGAUUGUGGUUGGAUGCCUUGUGUUUAUCUGGAUUGUCUUGGGGGUGAUGUUCAAACAAGAGUACUGGUCUCGUAACAUUACACGGAUUCCAGAGAUGAUAAUUCCAAAAGGAGAGGUUUUAUCAGAGGUUUUAUCAGAGGUUGUGGGUAGUACCCAGGUUUCUCCUUCAUCCCCCUUCAUCAUUCCUGCCAAUGGCUCACAUGUGACCAUAACUCUCAGCCCGCCAUUACAUGAAGCCGACACUUCCAAUGCAGGGUCUCAAGGGAAUGAUAAUGGAGCGACAGAAGGAGAAGGAUCUUCCAGCAGUGGAAGCACGGAUGGAUCUCAUUCAGACAUGAGUAGCUUCAAUAGCCUUCAUUCAAAUGACAAAGCUCAAAGAAGGACUUUGAAUGACCAAUCUGAGGGUCAGAGAAGCAAUGAAGGAUCUAAUGCUGCUAUGAGUAGGUGUCACAGCCUGCAUUCCAAUGACCAGCCUCAAAAAAGGACGACUGCGAAUGACCAAUCGGAGGGUCAGAGAAGCAAUGAAGGACCGAAUGCUGCUAUGAGUGGGUAUCGCAGCCUGCAUUCCAAUGACCAGCCUCACAAAAGGACGACUGCGAAUGACCAAUCUGAGGGUCAGAGAAGCAAUGAAGGAUCAAAUGCUACUAUGAGUGGGUGUCACAGCCUUCAUUCCAAUGACCAGCCUCACAAAAGGACUGCGAAUGACCAAUCUCUGGGUCAGAGAAGGCAUGAAGGAUCAGAUGCUGCUAUGAGUGGGUGUCACAGCCUGCAUUCCAAUGACCAGCCUCACAAAAGGACUGCGAAUGACCAAUCUGUGGGUCCUCCCCAUAGGACUGCGAAUGACCAACCUGUGGGUCAGAGAAGCAAUGAAGGAUCUAAUGCUGCUAUGAGUGGGUAUCGCAGCCUGCAUUCCAAUGACCAGCCUCAAAAAAGGACUGCGAAUGACCAAUCUGUGGGUCCUCCCCAUAGGACUGCGAAUGACCAACCUGUGGGUCAGAGAAGCAAUGAAGGAUCAAAUGCUGCUAUGAGUGGGUAUCGCAGCCUUCAUUCCAAUGACCAGCCUCACAACAGGUCUCAAGUCCUACAUGUAGGUCAACCUCUAUCCAAGGUUGGAGGCAGUUCUGAGAUCAGUAGCUGGCAUAGCCUUCGUUCUACAGAGAGCCCUCUGAGACGGCCUCUACAAGAUGAUUUUGGUGUAUCUCCAAGUCUGCCAGCACUACUUCACCCAAUAUCGGAGACGGAUCAUUCAGAAGACAUCACUAAACGCAAAAGAAAGAAGAUGCACACUGUAUAAUGCAACCAUCCAAGUGGCCAGUACUUCACCUGGGUCAAGAGUGCCAAAUUUAAAUGAAUGCCUUGCCAUGGGAGAAAAGUUAUUAGUCUCUGUCGGCAAUAAGAUAGAGCAAUGGAGUAUGUUGUAUUUCAGUGACAUUUAUGGGACUAAUCCAAUCGGUUCCCAUUUUAGGACUGUAUGUUAAGCUUUAAAAAAAUUUGUUUGAUUGAAAGUCUUCAAUGUGGUUGCAAAUUAUGUGCUUAUGUAAAAGUUUAUGUUUUCUUUUAAAAAAGAGAAGACAUUCAUUUUAAAUGGGUUUCUGCUUUUGUUUUCUGCUGCUAAAGUUGUAAAUACUUGAUUUGAAUGUACUGGUAUGCCAAAAACAUGUGUGUAUUUGAUUAAGUAUGGACAAAAAGUUACUUGAAUGCCACACUAUAUGGACAUUUAAAAAAAAGAGGUUUCAGGUCAUAUAAUACUUCAAAACUGCCUCAAAUAACUUCCAAAGUAGAGAAUGUAUAUUUAAAUUGGUUUUCUGUUUUCUGUUGCUGUAGAUAUAAAUACAUGUACUUGCAUUUAAAUUAUGUCAUAAACAUGAACGUCUUUGAUUAGGUUCGGACAAAAAGUUACUUAAAUGCUGAUAUGGACAUGUAAAAAAAAAGGGUUUCAGGUCAGAUAAUAUUACAAACUACCUCAAAGAGCAAAAUAACACCAUAUUAGGGUUUUAGGAAUAUACAUUUUACACCAAGAGGCAACUAGAUCAAAGUAAGAGGGUAUGUUCAUAUUUGUGAUUUUUUAUUUUUAUAAACAAAGCUAUUUUUUUUGUUACAGAGUGUAGAAUGUAUAUUUUGAUUAGGAAGAUAGAUAUAUGUAACUAGAUAAGGUAAGUAUUAUUUGAACAUUGGCAUACAGUUUUCAGUAUUGUAUAUUGUGUAAGAUUAUUGUGCUUUAGAACUGCAUAAAGCUUUAUUAUUUAGAAGUGUAAUCAUAAGUAAAUUGAAAAUACUAUAAUUAUUCAAACAUUAUAUUAAGUCAGAGGUUAAUGGUCAGUAAUGGAUUUAUGGAAAUGUAUUGGAAGAUGUAAAUAGCCAGUAUUUAUUAUAUGUUGAACCAAAGUCCUUUUUUUUAUUAUCUUGUUUUGCAAAGUACUUGUAGUGGUGGAGUAUUAGUUACAAAAUACAUG